ACACUUUAUUUGUCUCAGGGUAAGUGUUCUGAUGUGUGCUUCUAGUUCCCUGAUGCUGCAGGAUAUGUGGGGUUUGCCAACCUGCCCAAUCAGGUUCACAGGAAGUCUGUGAAGAAAGGCUUUGAGUUUACACUGAUGGUUGUAGGAGAGUCUGGUCUUGGAAAAUCAACCCUGAUCAACAGCCUCUUCCUGACUGACCUCUACCCAGAGCGCUAUAUACCUGGAGCAGCAGAGAAGAUCGAGCGCACGGUCCAGAUUGAAGCCUCCACGGUGGAAAUCGAGGAGAGGGGAGUGAAGCUCCGCCUCACUGUGGUGGACACACCCGGAUACGGAGACGCCAUAAACAGCCAGGACUGCUUUAAGACGAUCAUCCACUAUAUUGAUAAUCAGUUCGAGCGAUACUUGCAUGACGAGAGCGGACUGAACCGCAGACACAUCGUUGACAACAGAGUGCACUGCUGCUUUUACUUCAUCUCUCCGUUUGGACACGGCUUGAAGCCUCUGGAUGUUGAGUUUAUGAAGGCAAUCCACAGCAAAGUCAACAUCGUCCCUGUGAUCGCCAAAGCUGACACGCUCACGCUGAGAGAGAGAGACCGUCUCAAGAGAAGGAUUUUGGAUGAGAUCAGUGAGCAUGGGAUCCGGAUCUACCAGCUUCCCGACGCUGAUUCAGACGAGGACGAAGAAUUCAAGGAACAGACGCGUGUCCUAAAGGCCAGCAUCCCGUUCGCCGUGAUCGGCUCCAACCAGCUGAUAGAGGUGAAGGGGAAGAAGAUCCGCGGACGCCUGUACCCGUGGGGGGUGGUGGAGGUGGAAAACCCCGAACACAACGACUUCCUCAAACUGCGCACUAUGCUAGUAACUCACAUGCAGGACCUUCAGGAAGUCACUCAAGAUCUCCACUAUGAGAACUUCCGUUCAGAAAGACUAAAGCGUGCUGGCAGGGCGGCUGAUGAAGAUGUGAUGGACAAAGACCAGAUCCUCAUGGAGAAGGAAGCUGCAGCUGAGACGCAUGCAGCAGAUGAUCGCUCAGAUGCAAGCUCAGAUGAAGAUGAAACCAGGAGAUGACUAAAUGUGUAUGUGUGUGUUGUGGGAACAGGAAGUGCCAUUUGACUGGAGGUUACAUUAUCCUGCCCAUUUCUAAACACUAUUUACUUGUCCAGUCCCUCAUGUUUAUCAGAUUAAUGGAACGUAAUGUUAAUGUCGUCUAAUUCAUAUAACCAAUCACAUCACGAUCACAGCUCCGCCCAUACGAAUAACCUCAACACUGAAACAAACGGUCCAUUAUCGUGUCAUUUAAUCAGUCAGGUUAGAUGCUGUUCAUAAUUUAUAUCACCUGUAGUCAGUCAUGGUUUCAUUGACAAUGUUCAGCAUAUGUUCAUCUGUAGAUUGAUCAGGGAGAUGUUUUUCUGUGCCAAACACUCUUUUUAAGCUGCUUGGCUUGUACCAGUCAUGCAUCUGGCUGGCAUAUGUUUACCAGAUCUCCUUGUCAAUACUUUAUAAAGCAUUUAUACAUAUUACUUUGACUGCGCAUACAUGGGUUAAAAUAAGAGGACGAUGCACUGGUAAAUGAACCUGGUCAAGUUUACAGUUUUAUCAAAUGCACAGGUUCGUAAUCGUCAUGCAUUCACAGACAUGAAUUAAUCUCAGAGUUUGCU